UGGUGAUUUCUCAAAAAGUCAAAAAUAGAGCUGACAUAUGGCUUAUUAUUGAACUACGGUUCUAUAGCCAAAGUAAUUAAAAUUCGUAUGUCAAAAAGGUAUUCGCACUAUGAUGUUUCUUCCGGCACUAUUCCUAGCAGCUAAGAGAUGAAAUCAAAACGUGUCCGUCAAUAAAUAAAUAAAUAAAAUGUGGUAUAGAUGCACAAUGGAAUACUGUUUGGCUAUGGAAAGAAAUAAAAUACUGUCAUUUGUGGCAAUGUGUAUGAACCUAGAGAAUAUGAUAUUCAAUGAAAUAAACCAUAGGCUGAAAGACGAAUACUGCAUGAGCUUACUAAAGGUGGAAUAUAGGAAAGUUGAUCUUGCAGAAGGUAAGCGUAGACUGGUGGCUACCAGAGUCUGGGGAGGGGUCUGGGAAGAAAAAGAUUAAGGGAGGCCAUUCAUUGGGUGCAAAGUUACAGUUAGAUAGAAAAAGUAACUUCUGGUGUUCUGUUACAUAGUUGGGUGACUAUAACAACUGUGGUAUAAUUACAGCAUACAUUUUGCGAUAGCUAGAAAACAGUAACUUGAAACUUAUCACUAGAAAGAAAUGAUAAUGGUUUGAGAUGAUGAACAGGCUAAUUACCCCCACUUUAUCAUAACACAAUGUACAUGUUUUGAAACAUUACACUAUACCCUAUAAAUAGUUGAAAUUAUGUGUCAAUUAUAGAAUAACCUACUAACAGAAAUAAAUAAAUUUACCAAUGCAAAAAGUUCCAAGUUCUGAAAACUGUGUUCUGUGUGUCUCUUGUAGAACACCUUUUCCACUUAACCAGAAUGUUUUCAACUUGGCCUUUCCCUGUACUCUCUGCUUGUCCAGAGACUGAAGAAUAUUCAGCUAAUUUUUAUUGUGAAACAUGUUAUCACUGACCUGUUUUGCUCAGUUAUUGGUAAGUAUAUUACAUGUAUUUGUAAUUAGUCCAACAAUACAAUUUUAUAUAUGUUGUUAUGCAUAGCAUUCAUUUUAAAAAAUAAUGUAAGAAAUAAAAAUGUAUGCAUGAUGUCUUUUACAGUGACAUGAUGUCUUCUACAGUGACAUGAUGUCUUCUGCAGUGACAUGAUGUCUUCUGCAGUGACAUGAUGUCUUCUGCAGUGACAUGAUGUCUUCUGCAGUGACAUGAUGUCUUCUACAGUGAUGUGAUUGUUUUUACUGGUGCUUUGGUCAUAUCAUGUAGAUUCAAAUUAUUCUCUUUGGUUAUUUGAUUUUUCCUUCCUUUCUUCCUUCCUUCCUUCCUUCUUUUUGGUUAUUUGACAUUUCUUUCUUUCUCUUUUUUUCUUUCCUUUUUUUCUUUCUCUCCCUUUCUUUCUGAGGUCUCCCUCUGUCGCCCAGGCUGGAGUGCAGUGACACGAUCUCAGCUCACUGCAGCCUCCACCUCCUGGGUUCAAGUGAUUCUCCUGCCUCAGCCUCCCAAGUAGCUGGGACUAGUGGCACCUGCCACCAUGCCCAGCUAAUGUUUAUAUUUUUACCUAGCUGAAAUCAACUCAGUUUUUGUUGACCUGGAAAGGCCUUAUGUUGCUUUUAUUUUUUAUUGAUAGCUUUCUCCUUCAGAGGAUUAUUUCCUGACAGGUUUUCUUCGAUGAGUAGACAAAAAGAUUUUUGUUUUUACAAGGUUGUAUUUUUAAGAUGUUGGCUCAAGUUAGUUUUUCUCCUUUCCUACAGGUGGCUAAAAGGAGAAAGAAAAAAGAGGAAUACAGCUUAGUAGUCCCUGCUUUUACUUUCAAAAGAAUAUGCAAGUUAAAAGGAGUAUGAUUAAGCUUGGUGGGUGAGGAACAUGUGGAGGGAGAGAUGAAUGCAUUUCAUAUGAUGAAUGAGAACUGUCAGUAGGAAUGUAAAAGAAGAGGAAAGAUAAAUGGGUGGUUGGCUAGCUCCUUGAAAGAGGCGGUGUGCAUGAGGGCCAUGAGGACAAGAAUGAGAAACAACUCAAUAAAAGGGCAGUGCAGGAGGUUUUUUUUUUUUUUUUUAAAGAAAGAAGACAAAAAGAUUUAAAUGGAGUUGAAAGUCUUAGAAAGGGCAACUAAAUUAUGAUCUAAAAAUGGAAAUGAAAUUGUUUUAAAAUUGAAUGGAAAAUAAAAUUAUAUUGAUGGCAGGUGAUGAUAUGUUGGACUGAGAUGCUGAGACCAGGAAGAAUAAAGCUUGUGGACAAUAGAGGUCUGUGAGUUGUUUGGUCCUGACUUAGGCCAAAUGGAGGACAUGCUUUUUAGAGAAUUAAAGAUGACGCAUGAGAGCACAGCCAUGCUGUAGCUAAAGAAGCUGAGCACUUGCGCUGUGCUAAGACCCACAGGUUUGUGAAAAUAGAAGUCACAAUUUUAACAUACAAUCUAACACACAGCUUAGACUAAGAAAGCAAAUAGGCAGUGAUAAUGAUGAUUAGUGUUAAGUUUAGUUUUAAUAGGACCGUAUUUGAUGGGUGUCACAGAAGCAACAAAAAAAAAAGGUCUUUGCUAUAAAAUGUGUGUGUAAAACAUUCCUGUGUGUGGAAGCUGUAAGGAAACCUGAGGGACAGGGUGGUGGAAUACCCCUUUGACACUUCAUAUCUAAAAAACAUCUCUUGGCAUGGACAGUUUUUAUUAAACAUUCCUUGCUUGAAACAGAUGUACACUGCUAUACUCUAAAUGUACCUGGGCAAACUGGUGAGCGAUGGCAGUCUACACUUUGCUCCAUGUCUGGUGCCCAGACUCCGAACUGUGUCCUCAGGAAAAUGGGGCACUUUGCCCAUUUAGGUCAGGUAGAGGUGGCAUUUUUCUGAUUCUCACAAAGGUACUUUUGGCCUACCUCUUACCAUGAAAUCAGGGAUUACAGGGGAACAUUAGUGAGGGCAACCAUGAAUUACUUUAACCAGGAGUAACGCAGUGGAAAAUCUGACGUGUUUUACUAAUUUUGAAGGUUGGGUAAUUGGGAGAUUACUGUUUUGUUUAUAAGAACAGGCAGCAUACAACCCACUGGUCUGCAUAUACCUGGGGAAAUCAGCUUACGCAUAGGAAAGUUGGAGCACAGCUAUUUCUAAUGUAUUUUCUAGGAAUCAAAAAGUUUCAUUUUUCCGUUGGUGGCUCCCUUUCUUAAAAUCACAAAACCAAAGCUUGUACUAUUUUUAGGGUUGACAUGAAAAUUAUAGGCCUGGAGGGGAUGGGCUGAUGGCAUUGCUUCCUUAUAACCGCAUAUUGUGAGCCUCAUCUUACAAACAUGGACUCACUCCAGAGACUCAGCUGGGUAACUGUCUGUCAGCAUUAAUAACAGUGAGAGCUCAAGACUCAGGUGAGUGCGGGGAUGAGGCAGAAUUUUCUCAAUGAAGAGCUAGGACACUGCCUUUUCAUAACUUCAGUCACGUCUCAGGGAAUCACACCAAAGUGCAAUAGGUGAUUCUAAAUGAAAAAAGGCAACUUUAUGAAUGUUGACGCCAUACUAUAUCGAUCUUAUGCUUUGUUAAUUUUGUAAUAUUAUAUUUGAAUUGUAAUUGUAUUUUACUUAUUAUAACAUUUUUAAUAAUGAGAAUAAUAAUCUUCAAAAUUCAAAGAAAAUGGUAUUUCCUUACUAUAAAAAGUUCCCCAAGUUUUGCAUUCUUACAGUUUCCUCUGUAAGUUUUAAAUGUGCAAUUUACAUAUUAAAUGAAUGUGGCCAGUAUAUUUCAAUUUUGCUGUUAAAAUAUAUAACUUAAUUUUGUCUAACUUUAUUAGGAAAUAAUGUUUUCUUGUUCUGUGAUUUUUAACAUAUAAGACAGAGAAAGGAGAAGUCAAAACAGAAACAAUAUAUAGUGAUAAUAUAUAGUAAAAAAUAUAUAUAUAGUUGCCUAAUUGCAGCUCAUAAGGGCACCAAACCCUCAAGAAAAUAUAAUUGUACAAAAUCACUGUCUCUGAACAUCAGGAAAAGAACAAAGCAUUUUUAAGUGCUUCAAAUAUCUGCAUUUUAUGUAUUUAGGGAGGAAGGAUCUCAACUGCUCAUAGUAAGUGCACAUGAAGAAUAGAAGAUGCAGUUUUACAAAUUGCAAUUUUCAACUUGGAAAUAUUCCUCCAAAUUCAAUAUGUGACACAUCUGGUAAGAUUCUUAUUAUACUGUGAUGCACAGGAGCAUGAUUGUACAAGACUUUCACAUUUUUAGAAAAAGAGAGUGUUUUACUUAGCUGGUAUCUCCUCAGUUGACAUAAUCAGAAAGAAAUACUCUUCCAAAAGGAUUUUAGGCUUUUUCUAAACUGGUAGCAUAGAAUUUGUGAAGGUCCUCCAGUAGUUUUCUAUUGUCUACAUUUAAAGUAAUAAUUUUCCUGCUUAUUUUUUCCUCCAAGGAAGCUGGGAAUUAAGUGUCUUGAAAUUACAAAUAUCCUUAUCAGCAAGCAUUGUGCCUCCAGCCGCAAUCUACACUAAUUACAACUUCCAGAAAGUGACAAAUGCAUUACAAUCAUUCAAUGCAUCUGAUACUUACCAUAUUUAUUAUUUUCAUCUUGCUGUAUUUUAUAAAACUUCUUUUAACAGGCCUAAUUUUGGUGGAAACAUUUUUAUCUUUUCUAAGUUUGCCAGCUGGAUUUUUCCAUUUGCUAUUUAUUGCCACUUAACAAGUAAUCCCUUCUCCCUGGUACCUAAAAUUCAUAGGUCUAAGAAGGCUGCUCAAUAAAUGUUGUAAAAUGUCUGAUAAAAAUGAUACUUUUAUUGAUCUAAUAAAAACACUUUACAUUUAUAUAGAUUAUAUUUUAAAUCCACACAAGGGAGAGUGCAUCACUAUUCAAAUAAUAUUAUUAAUGUUUUAUAACAAAGAUGAGGAAGUAUACUUUAUCAGACUUCUUUUUCUACAAAUAAUGUAUCCACCAUAUACAAAACAGCUUUGGAUUCUUGUAAGUGGCUUUUUCCUUUUAUACACGCUUUAUCUUUGCUUUGGAUGUCUGAUCUAAGCUUAUGUUUUUUAUGAUUAGAUUUUCAUUCCUGGUUUGUAUAUCGGUGUCAUUCCCUUGUUAUACAUCAUUAUUUAUACACUUUGGGACUUAAGCAUAUUGAGAAUACACUGAGGUGAAAGGCAGUAUGAUGAGAGUAAACUUGAGCUUCAUUCCGUGUUUACCGAGUGCUCAGGAGCGUCAGCCCGGCCCCAUCGAACUUAGCUGUGACUUCUAACAGCGAGGGCUAAGCUGUGCAUUCAGAUUUUGAAAUGUUUCAUGGGUCACAUAGGACUCAAUGUUUCUUUUCACUGUGAACAACCCAAAAGUAGCAUCUGUGGGUUUUUUUCGCCAUUUUAUUUCACCCAAUUUGGCCUCAUAUUAAAGCAAAUUCCAUAAUUCUUCCAAAUACAAACAUGGAACACAGCUAAAUUUAAUAUUUGGGUUAAAAAUGACUUCUGCAGUAUGUUAAAGGCAAUUAUCAACUGCUUAGCUCGGGCAGGUGAGAAAAAUGUUUGACGAUACAAUCAAUUAAUCAUGCUCUAAUUACGACAACCAAGAUUGCUGAUCUCAUCUGGGAUCAGCAUCAAUGCUCUCAAGAGCCUCGCUGGAAAAAUACACCAUCUGAUCACGCAGAAGAUUAUUCUGUUUCAGUAUGUUUAAUCAUUUACAGAGUAAGGAGAAUGAAUUAGCAUAAACUGGGUUUUUUAUUCUGGUUCAUUUUUUAUUAUUAAGAUUCAUAAUGUGUGUGGUUGUUUUUUUUUUUUUUUUAAAGAAAGAGAAAGAGAAAGGGGAAGAGAGAACAGGAGACUUGCUCUAUUGCCCAGGCUGGAAUGCAAUCUAAAAAUAGGUAUUAAAAACUUCUUUUAUGCCGAUAAUUGUGCUUAACAGCGGAGACAGGAAGGAAUAAGGAAAGAAAAUAACAAACAGUCAACCAAUGUUUCAUUUAAGUCUGAAAUGCUAUGCAAAUGCUUAGGAGUGAUUUACUUCCAAUUAUGUGGUCACUUUCAAAAUAGGUGUAGUUUGAUACUGAGAAAAACGUAAGUUCUGUGGACUGGGGUGAAGAAUUCUAUAAAUAUUCGCUGAGUUUACUUGUUCCAGGUCUAAGUUCUAAUCAUAGACGUCCCUGUUAAUUUUCUAUCUCAUCGAUCCGUUGAAUAUUAACAAUGUGGUGUCAAAGUCUCCCGCUAAUGAACUGGGUUUUUUUAGGGUGAAAAAAAAUUAAAAUUCUUAUCUGUGUUAUUUAACCUAAUUGUUUGCCCUAUAUCUUCUUUUGGUGUGUGGUUCGUAAUAUUUGUUAUAUUAACAAAACUAUGCAGAUUUAUGGUUAAUAACUCAUACAUAUAUUAUCUCAUAUUCAAAUACAUUUUUCUAGUACUGAAGUGUGAUCUUUAAAAUUCAGAUACCAUUAAGUCUUUAAUUUAGAGUUACUUUGUUUUCUUUUUCUGAUUUUUAACUUGGCAGCAGAACUUAACUGCACUGAUGGUGUAGAUGUAUGCUACUGGAAAUCUUUCAUUGUUUGUUUCUAAGAUAAAUGCAUUUACUUAUUAAAGUUUUAUAGAAAGUAAUAACCAUUUAAUCAACUAGAUGUUUCCUUUAUAAAAUCAAACAUAUCUGAUGGUUUUAGAGCAACUUUUUUCAGUCACUAAUUUUUGAUUAUUAUCCAAGGAUACUCAGUGUCAACAUUUUUGCAUCAUCUCAUAUAUUUUUAUUUAUAAAAUUGUAUAAUGAUAAGUGACCUUGAAACAGACACACUUUCAUUACAAAAAUCUGAGUGAAUUAAAAGGUGUUUCACUUUUUUAAUGUUACGAAGCUAAAAUCGUUCUUAGCCCUGGAUUAAAGUAAAAUGAUAAAUGAUGUCUGAAUCUUGGCCAAAUAAAAUGAAAUGGUAACAGCAGACUGUUCUGCAAAAUGUCACAAGGUGUUACAGUAUUGAAGUUAUCCCAAGAAAACUUGAGAGAAAUUAUCUUUCUUAUUGAAAACCAAGUAUUUUUCUAGGCAUGGUAGAGUAUCUCUGUACUAAAUGAAGUCUCAGGAAGAAGACCAACGUGUGACUAUUUUGAUGCAACUUCAUGGUGGAAACAAAGUAAUUCAAAAUAGUGGCUGGGCUCGGUGGCCCUCACCUGUAAUCCCAGAACUUUGGGAUGUCAGAAGUUCAAGAUCAGCCUGGCCAACAUGGUGAAAUUGCCUCUACUAAAAAUAUAUAAAUUAGCUGGUGUGGUGGUGGGUGCCACUUGGGAGGCUGAGGCAGGAGAACUGCUUGAACCCAGGAGGCCAAAGUUGCAGUGAGUAGAGAUCACACCACUGCACUCCAGCCUGAGCAACAGACUCUGUCUCAAAAAAAAAAAAGUUAGUGUUUAUCUUGUUGGUAAUGGAGAAGAAAAUAUUUAAAAAUGUGUUCUGAAAUAAAGAGAGAUCACAUAAUAGACCUCUGAGAUGUGAACUAAACUGAGAGACAGCCAGGACCAUUUCUGUAUCAUAUAUAGUAAAUUAGGGUUUGAUUAAGCAGAAUAAUGUCCCCCAGUCCCUAUAAGGAUAUUGACAUCUGAAUUCCAAGCUAUCACAUUAUACAUUACAAUUAAUGGCAAAGAGAAUAUAAGGGUGCAUAUGAGAUUAAAAUUGCUAAUACGCUGAUGAAAUAUCAUGAAUCAUCAUGGUGAGUCCAGUAAAAUCACAAGGGUCAAAAACCAUGGAACAGUGAUGAUGAAUAAAUUGUAUCAAAAUGAUAGAUCCUGAGAAAGACUCAACUGAAUAUAUUUUUAAUUGUUUUAGUGAGUCUUCAUAUUAACAUACAUUUAAUUCGAUUUCACAGUACAAUUACUAUUCAUUUUACAUGUCUGCUGCUGAAGUGCUAAAUAUAAAUGAGAACCUGGAACAAGGAUAUGAUUAAUGAGUGGAAGGCCAAGGUGCAUGAGGAAUAUAGAUAGUAUGCACCUUAUACAGGCAUACUGGAAAGUGUAUUUAUUAUAUGUAGAGAUUCAUAGUAGUUAUAUAUGUAUAUAUUUAUUUGGUUUAGAAAGUAGUGCAGGAGACACAUUAUCAAGAAUUUAUAUAAGAUGGGGUUAAUCAGGAAAAUGAGACUAAACGAUGAUGACGAUGGUAAUAAUUUGGAACACUGAUGAAAACACUGAUGACAUAAAUCUGUUUUUCAGGUCUUCCAAAUAUGUUUCUUCUACAUCAUUAGGAUGAACACACAUUUCAGAUGUUAUCUUUCAAAAGGGUCUUUUGUUUUCAAGCUGGCAUUGGAAUCUCAGCCAACAGCUCUCUUCUCCUCUGGCACAUUUUCACAUUCUUUAAGGACCACAAGCCUAAAAACCGUGACCUGGUCAUCUGUCACUUGGCCUUUGUCCACAUAGUGAUGCUAGUCAUUGCAGCAGAGUCAUCGUCUCCAGACAUGUUUGAGUCACUAAAUGUUCAGAAUAACUUCAGAUGUAAGGCUUCGUUCUAAACAUACAAGGUAAUGAGGGGCCUCUCCAUCUGCACCACCUCGCUCCCAAGCAUGCUUCAGGCCAUCACCAUAAGCCCCAGCACUUCCUGGUUGGUGAGAUUUAAACAUAAAAUCACAAAAUACAAUAUCCCGGGUUUAUUCUUUUUUUGGUCCCUCAAUUUGUCUUUCAAUAGUGGCAUGAUCAUCUAUAUUGUAGGUUUUUCCAAUGUGACCCAGAUAAUUCUGAAUGUCAAUAAAUACUGCUCACUUUCCCCAAUGAAUGUGAUCAUCAGGAGGCUGUUUAAGACUCUGUCGUUAUCUAGAGACGUCUUCUUUGUAGGAAUCACGCUGCUCAAGUCAAGUGCAUACAUGGUGAUUUUCUUGUCCAGGCAUCAGAGGCGCUCCCAGCACCUUCACAGCAACAGCUUUUUAUUAAGAACUCCCUAGAAAAGGGCCACCGAGACCAUCCUGCUGCUGGUGAGUUUCUCUGUGGUUGCAUACUCACCGGACUUUAUUGUCUCAUCCUCCACAAUGCUGUUAUGGGUAUACAGUCCUAUCAACUACAGGGUCAACAGGCUGAUGUUCAAUGCCUCUGCCACUGUCAGUCCUACGGUGCUAAUCAGAUCUGAUAAAAGAAUCAUCGAUAUUCUGCCAGAGGUUCAUUGGAAUUGCCAUCCAUUUUUUAAAAGUUAGUGAUAAAUUUUUCUAAAAGUUAUUUUGUUGUCAUCAAUGAAAUUAUUGAAAAACACAGACUUUGCUAUCUGAUUUAAAUAAAAUGUGGAAUUGCACUUUUGUAAUAUCUUUUUUUUUUUUUUUUUUAGACUGAGUUUUGCUCUGUCAUCCCAGCUGGAGUGGAGUGGUGCAAUCUCAGCUCACUGCAACCUCCACCUACAGGGUUCAAGCAAGUCUCCUGCCUCAACCUCUCAAGUAGCUGGGAUUACAGGCAUGUGCCACCAUGCUCAGCUUUUUUUUUUUUUUUUUUUUUGUAUUUUUAGUAAAGGCAGGGUUUCACCUAUUUGUCAGGCUGGUCUUGAACUACUGAUCUCAAGUACUUUGUCCACCUCAGCCUCCCAAAAUGCUGGAUUACAGGUGUGAGCCACUGCGCCCAGCCUAUCUUAGUAUUUUUUAAAUUUGCUUAGAGUACACCAUUAAGAAUUAUAUGGUGCCCUCAGUUCAGUGUCCCCCAUGAUUUAAUAUCCCCAAAGCAUGUCUCUCACUUCUUAAUUUCAACUUUACCUUUAUACAGGAAAAUAUUGUUUUUUCUUUUUUUUGAGACGAAGUUUCACUCUUGUUGCCCAGGCUUGAGUGCAGUGGCACAAUCUCAGCUCACUGCAACCUCCACCUCCUGGGUUCAAGCAAUUCUGCCUCAGCCUCCUGAGUAGCUGGGAUUGCAGGUGCCCACCACCAUAUCCAGCUAAUUUUUGUAUUUUUAGUAGAGAUUAGUUUCACCAUGUUUGCCAGGGUGGUCUUGAACUCCUAACCUCAAGUAAUAUGCCCACCUUGGCCUUUCAAAGUGCUGGGAUUACAGGCAUGAGCCACCGUGUCCAGACAAAUAAUUUUUCUAAGCAUGCUUUCAAAAUUCAUUUUUAAAUUAUGCACAACAAAGGUUUCAAAGUACAUAUAGAUUGUAAAAUCAUUACAUGUAAUUAACUAAUGUGUUAUCCAAGUUAUUUUGUGGUGAAAACAGUUAACAUCCACUAUCUUCACACUUUUCAAGACUGUACGAUCUCAUCAUUAACCAUAGCCACCUCGCUGUUUAAAAGAUCUCAUUGAAUUUAUUUCUCUGAUAUAAUUGUAAUUAUGUUCCCUUUGGCCAAAUCUUUUUAUCCUCCCCUACUCUCUAAUCACCUUAGGGUCUGGGAACUACCAUUUUGGUCUCUACUUUUAUGAGAUCAACUUUUUUAGAUCCCACUGUGGUAAAAUCUUUUCGUACUUGUCUUACUAUACCUGUUUUUUUUUUUUUUUCACUUAACAUAAUGUUUUCCAGGUCUAUCUAUGUUGUUUUGUUUUAUUUAAUUUUAUUUUUUAUGAGACGAAGUCUUGCUCUGUCUCCCAGGCUGGAGUGCAGUGGUGCAAUCUUGGCUCACUGCAACCUCCGUCUCCCGAGUUGAAGCGAUUCACCUGCCUCAGCCUCCCGGGUGGCUGGGAUUACCUGCCACCAUGCCCCGCUAAUUUUUAUAUUUUUAGUAGAGAUGGGGUUUCACCAUGUUGGCCAGGCUGGUCUCGAACUCCUGACCUCAGGUGAUCCACCUGCCUUGGCCUCCCAAAGUGUUGGGAUUACAGGCGUGAGCCCCUGUGCCCAGCCCAUCUGUGUUGUUUUCCAUGGCAGGAUUUCGUUGUUUGUGUUGAGAAAUAGCAUUUCAUAUGGGUUUCUAUGCCAUGUGUUCUUUAUCUGUUUGUCCCUUGAUGCAUACUAUGAUUAUUCCAUAGUUUGGCUAUUGUCAGUAGUGCUGUGAUAAAUAUGAGAGCAAAGGUAUCUCUUUAACAAACUGAUUUUAUUUCCUCUGGAUAUGUGCUCGGUAGUGGGAUUGCUGCUUCAUACAGUAGUUUUAUUUUUAGUCUGAGAAACCGCUACUCUUUUACAUAACGGCUGUAUUCAUUUUUAUUCAGACCAACAGUGCAUAAAAGUGUCCUUUUCUCCACAUGUUGCCAACACUUGUUAUCUUUCGUCUUGUUGGUAAUGACCAUGCUAAUUUCAGUAACAACUGUAUUACUUUAUAUUUCUCUGAUGACUGGUGAUAUCGAGCAUUUUUUCAUAUACCUGUUGACUAUAUAUAUAUAUAUAUCUUGUUUUGAGAACUAUCUAUUUAGGUUUUUGCUCAUUUUAAAUUUGAGUAAUUAUUAUUAUUUCUGCUGUUGAGUUAUUUGAGCCCCUUAUAUAUUUUGAAUAUUAACUCCUUGUCAGAUGCACAAUUUGCACAUUUUCUCCCUCUUUUUUUUUUGAGACAGAGUCUCGCUCUGUCACCCAGGCUGGAGUGCUGUGGCUCGAUCUCAGCUCGCUGCAACCUCCACUUCCCAGGCUUAAGUGAUUCUCCUCUCUCAGCCUUCCCAGUAGCUGGGAUUACAGGCACCUGCCACUACGCCUGGCUACUUUUUUGUAUUUUUAGUAGAGACAGGGUUUCACCAUGUUAGCCAAACUGGUCGAGAACUCCAGACCUCAAGUGGUCCGUCUGCCUUGGCCUCCCAAAGUGCUGGAAUUACAGGCGUGAGCCACGAUGCCUGGCCUGUAGUUUGUUGUUUCAUUCUGUUGAUUGUUUUCUAUAUCAUGUAGAAGCUUUUAUUUUAAUAUUUUAUUAACUUUUUUUCUCUUUUCUGGCUUUAAUACAAAAGUAAGACAUUUUGCUGUCACCGCUUUUAUGAGCUUGUUUUCAUGUUGGUUUUAUGAAGUUUGACCUUUUUUAAAAUUAAGAUUUAUUUAAAAUUGACAUCUAAUUGUACACAUUUACGGGCCACAGUGUUAUUUCAGUGCAUUUAUUCAUUGUAUAGUGAUAAAAUGAGAAUAAUGAACAUAUCCAUUGUUUUCAACAUUUGUUAUGUCUCUGUGCUGAUAACUAUAAAAUUCUUUUCUUUUUUUUUGGAAUGCACUUAGGGCAUAAAAAUUCUCUCUUCUAGCUAACUUAACCUAUGUUAUAAUAUAUUAUUACUAGUUAUAGUCAACUUACUGUGUAAUAGAACACAAAAAUUUAUUCUUUCUGUGAGGGUUUUUUAAAUUAAUUUUUUCUUUUUUCUUGAGACACAGCCUUGUUCUGUUACCCAGGCUGGAGUGCAGUCGAAUGAUUUCAGCUCACUACAACCUCCACCUCCAGUGUUCAAGCAAUUCUUGUGUCUCAGGCUCCCAUGUAGCUGGGAUUACAGGCACAUGUCAUCAUGACUGGCUAAUUUUUGUAUUUUUAGUAGAGAUGGGUUUCACUAUGUCUGCCAGGCUAGUCUCCAACUCCUGGCCUCAGGUGAUUGACCCACCUCGGCCUCCCACGUGCUAGGAUUACAGGUGUGAGCCACCUCGCCCAGCCUAUUCUUUCUGUUAAAUGGUAAUGCACUCAUCGGCAAACCUGUUCUCAUCUCCUCCUCUCCACACCCUUUCCAGCCGCCGGGUAACCACCGUUUUACUCUACUUCCAUGAGGUUAGGUUUAAGUUUCACAUAAAAAGGACAUCAUGUGAGGUUUGUCUCUCUAUGCUCUGCAUAUUUCACUUAACAUAAUAUCCUCCAGGCACAUUCACGUUGCUGCACGGAUUAUUAUUCUGGUUUAGAAAAAAAUAGUGUGGAGAGUUUUCCAAAAAUUAAAAAUAGAACUACUCUAUGAUUCAGCAAUUUCAAUACUUGGUAUAUAUCAAAAGGAAGUAAAAUCAGUAUGUCAAAGUCCCAUGUUUAUUGCGGCACUAAUUAUAAUAGCCAAACUAUUACUUCACUUAAGAAGUGUUUUCGUCUCUUUUUGAUACAUUACAUUUCUAAACUUUUAAAGCAUUUAUAUCUGGUUUUCAGUUUGAGAAACUAUUUGAUCACCAAUUCUUUAAAUAUUGCCUUUCAUUUUUUAUAUAGUCUAGUAAAGCAAUUAGGUGUUCAUUUCUUCUCAAUCCAGUCUUCCUUUAUGUAUAAAUAUGUUUCAUUCUCUAUUAACUUGUCUUCUGUAAAAUAUGUAACUACAUCAGUUUUGCUUAGUAUUCUGCCUUACUGGCCUCUCCUCAGCUCAGUGUAUUUUAAUAUGCAACCCGUAUUUUGCACAUUACAUGGUUUCGCCACAUUUGUAAUCGCUUACUUUCAAUUUCCUUUUUUGUCAGAUAUGAUUUGAGAAGCUUACUUUUUGUUGUUGUUUACUUUGGUUUUCUGUUUUUUUUUUUUAUUGUAAUGACAAAUAUUUUAACAUAAGCCAAAUAUCUGAUGUUUAUGUACCAUAUAAUUUCUUUUCACUCUUCAUGUUGGUAGUUUAUCUAAUUAUGUGCAAUAUAAUGUAUAACUUAGUUUUCACAUAUGGAAGAUACCAUAUUUGGAAUGUCUCCAGUCUGUAUAUUUCUUUGCUGGUUCCAUUUGCCUUGUUGAAAGUUGAACAACCCACGUGAAUCUGAUGUUCUUGUGAUUAGUCCUAUCUGAAUAGAGCAUGUGCUUUUUAGGUUGACUGUUCCUCUGGUUUAAUCCCUUCAUUUACUUCUGGUCCUGGGAAUUUCUCAUAUUUUUCUUCAACUAUAUUUAGCAUAAUACAGAUUUUUUAACUUGUUGAUAAUUUUGAUUAUCAGUAUUAAAUGUUUAAAAAUAUAUAUUAUUUUCUUGCAAAGCAUAAAUAGGCAACAGUUGCAUACAUUAGUAAAAUAUGUCACAUAGAUUGUCUAUGACAUAAAACAUCAUCUCAUGAGAAAUCUCAAGUUUCUUCAUGUAGAAGACCUCCAUCCCAAUACAUCUAUUGUAGUAAUUUGUGAAGUGUGAUUACUCUUUACUACUGUGUAUGUAUUAUAUAUGUAUUAUCCACAGAUUUCAGAAAUACUCCACUGCAAUGAAUAUAUAGCCAGAAUUACUGUUUUAUAUAAUAUAAAGCUAAUAUGGUUUAUUUAUCUUAAUUCAGAUUUUUUUCUACAAUUGCCAUUAUUUCUCAUUAUCACUUCCCUGAUGUCAAAAACAUAAUGUGGAUUUUGAUUUUUUAAAUAAUCCGAAAGAUGUUGAAAAGGGUUCUAAAUGGAGUUUACAGGUGGCUAGAUAGUACUUGUUAAUUACCUUUAACUUUUUUUUAACAUUUGUUGAGUAUAAUUGACAAACUAAAAGUGUAUAUAUUUUAGGAUGUAGAAUAUGAUGCUUUGAGACAUGUAUACAUUUUUUAAUUACCUUGGUUAAACUAAUUAACGUAUUUAUCACUUUACAUAGUUACUUUAUGUGUCUGUGUGUGUGUGAGUAUGUGUGGUAAGAUUACUUGAGAUUUGAUUUUGAAAAAAUUUUAAGUAUACAGUAUUAUUAACUAAGUUUAGUCACCAAUUUGUAUGUCAUAUUCCCAGGAUUUAUUUAUUUUAUAGGUGAAAGUAUGUAUCUUUUGACUGAUACCUUGUCAUUCCCUCCCACAUCCUAGCCUGUAGUAAUUAUUAUUCUUCUGUUUCUAUGAGUCUAAUUUUUUAAAGAUUCCACAUAAAUACAAAAUCAUGCAGUACUUGUCGUUCUGUGUCUGGCUUAUAUCACUUAGCCUAAUGUCUUCAGGGUUCAUCAGUGUUGUUGAAAAUAGUAGAAUUUUCAUCUUUAUUAAAGAUCAAUUACAUAUAUAUUUUUCAGUUUCUUUAUAUAUGCAUCUAUUUAUGGUAAGUAGUGACCUCUCUGAAUUAUCAAAUUAUCUUUUCUAUAAUAUCAUUCAAACAUGAUAUUGUUUUGUAUUUAUUAUUAAAAUUAAUUUCCUGUCUUUAAAA